UUCUGUAACCUUGAGUCAUUCGUCAGUUAUACCAGGGAAGUUGACGCGCUUGGGGCUUUUAGCCUAGUUUUCCAGGGACAUGGUAAGGUGUAGAAAUUCAGAAGUUUAUUGAAAGGAGAUCUGCUGAGCUUCUAGCUAAGCUAUAGAGACUAUAUCGGAGAGUGGCAGUUGUCACUUCACGUUACGCACUGCGCUGCGGUCUGGUGGGUCUCGGUUAAGGUAAAGCGAACUUGAAGUUAGCGUUAGCUGGUCUAGCAACGCGCUGAGCUGGCUCGCCGCAGCCGACAACGGCCCGGUGCACGUUUUCUCUGUGAAAAGGUUAUUUCUUAGACUUACACACUGACGACCACCGCACAGGACUCGAAGACCGAGGAGAUGGCGAGCUCAGUGGGAAACGUGGCUGACAGCACAGAACCGACAAAACGUAUGCUUUCCUUCCAAGGGUUGGCUGAGCUGGCGCACCGAGAGUAUCAGUCAGGAGAUUUUGAGGCAGCUGAGCGCCACUGCAUGCAACUGUGGAGGCAGGAGCCUGAUAACACAGGCGUGCUGCUGCUCCUGUCUUCCAUCCACUUCCAGUGCCGUAGACUUGACAGGUCUGCUCAUUUCAGCACCCUGGCUAUCAAACAGAACCCAAUGCUUGCUGAAGCCUAUUCCAACCUGGGUAAUGUGUACAAGGAACGCGGACAGCUGCAGGAAGCCAUUGAACACUAUCGACAUGCCCUGAGAUUGAAGCCGGACUUCAUCGAUGGAUACAUUAACUUGGCAGCAGCACUGGUGGCAGCAGGAGACAUGGAGGGAGCUGUGCAGGCUUAUGUGUCUGCCUUGCAAUAUAACCCUGAUCUUUAUUGUGUACGUAGUGACCUGGGCAACUUGCUCAAAGCCCUUGGACGUUUGGAAGAGGCCAAGGCUUGUUACCUGAAAGCCAUUGAGACUCAGCCCAACUUUGCAGUUGCUUGGAGCAACCUGGGUUGUGUGUUUAAUGCCCAGGGAGAGAUAUGGUUGGCCAUACACCACUUUGAAAAGGCAGUAACUCUGGAUCCGAAUUUCCUGGAUGCUUACAUUAAUUUGGGCAAUGUUUUAAAAGAGGCCCGCAUCUUUGACAGAGCUGUGGCGGGCUACUUACGAGCCCUGAGCCUUAGCCCCAAUCAUGCUGUCGUCCACGGCAACCUGGCAUGUGUCUACUACGAGCAGGGCCUCAUCGACUUGGCUAUUGACACCUAUCGACGAGCUAUUGAAUUGCAGCCCCACUUCCCUGAUGCUUACUGCAACCUGGCCAAUGCGUUGAAGGAAAAGGGCAAUGUAUCAGAGGCAGAGGAGUGCUACAACACAGCCUUACGUCUAUGCCCAACCCAUGCUGACUCCCUCAACAACCUUGCCAAUAUCAAACGUGAGCAGGGCAACAUUGAAGAGGCUGUCCAGCUCUACAGGAAAGCUCUGGAGGUCUUCCCGGAAUUCGCGGCUGCUCAUUCUAACCUGGCCAGUGUCCUGCAGCAGCAGGGAAAACUUCAGGAAGCCCUCAUGCACUACAAAGAGGCCAUCAGAAUCAGCCCCACAUUCGCUGAUGCCUAUUCAAACAUGGGCAACACAUUGAAGGAAAUGCAAGAUGUACAAGGAGCUUUGCAAUGCUACACCCGUGCCAUCCAGAUUAACCCUGCCUUUGCCGAUGCUCACAGCAAUCUGGCCUCGAUCCACAAGGACUCUGGCAAUAUUCCAGAGGCCAUUGCAUCAUACCGCACAGCCUUGAAACUGAAGCCAGAUUUCCCUGAUGCCUACUGCAAUUUGGCACACUGCCUGCAGAUUGUGUGUGACUGGACCGACUAUGAUGAGCGGAUGAAGAAACUUGUGAGCAUUGUGGCUGAUCAGCUGGAUAAGAACCGUCUGCCUUCAGUGCACCCUCACCAUAGCAUGCUAUAUCCACUCUCCCAUGGUUUCCGUAAGGCCAUUGCCGAACGGCACGGCAACCUUUGCCUGGAUAAGGUACACGCACCGAUCAAAAUUAAUGCUCUACAUAAGCCUGCUUAUGAGCAUCCUAAAGAUCUGAAAGCCAGUGGAGGUCGACUGCGUAUUGGCUAUGUCAGCUCUGACUUUGGCAACCAUCCUACUUCCCACCUGAUGCAGUCCAUCCCUGGCAUGCACAACUCUGAGAAGUUUGAGGUGUUCUGCUAUGCCCUCAGCCCUGAUGAUAGUACCAACUUCCGUGUGAAAGUGGUAGCAGAGGCUCAUCACUUCACUGACCUUUCACAGAUUCCAUGCAAUGGCAAGGCAGCUGACCGUAUCUACCAAGAUGGAGUCCACAUCCUAGUGAACAUGAAUGGAUACACCAAGGGAGCUCGCAAUGAGCUGUUUGCCCUGCGCCCUGCACCCAUCCAGGCUAUGUGGCUGGGCUAUCCAGGAACCAGUGGGGCUCCUUUCAUGGAUUACAUCAUCACUGACAAAGAGACGUCCCCCUUUGAAGUAGCAGAGCAGUAUUCUGAAAAAUUAGCCUACAUGCCUCACACUUUCUUCAUUGGAGACCAUGCCAACAUGUUCCCUCACCUGAAGAAAAAGGCUGUAAUUGAUUUCAAAUCCAAUGGACAUAUCUUUGACAACCGCAUUGUACUCAAUGGUAUUGAUCUGAAGGCCUUCUUGGACAGUCUUCCGGAUGUGAAGGUAGUAAAGAUGAAGUGUGACAACAGCCAGGAGCCUGUUGGGGACAACAAUGGAGCUCUAUCCAUGCCUGUAAUCCCCAUGAACACAGCAGCUGAGGCGAUCAUCAACAUGAUCAACCAGGGCCAGAUACAGGUCACAAUCAAUGGCUUCACUGUCAGCAAUGGCCUGGCCACCACACAGAUUAACAACAAAGCUGCCACCGGAGAGGAGGUCCCACGCACUAUUGUUGUGACAACUCGUUCCCAGUAUGGUCUCCCAGAGGAUUCCAUUGUCUACUGCAACUUUAAUCAGCUCUACAAGAUUGACCCACCUACCCUGCAGAUGUGGGCCAAUAUCCUAAAGCGUGUGCCUAACAGUGUGCUGUGGCUACUUCGUUUCCCUGCUGUGGGUGAGCCCAACAUCCAACAGUACGCCCAGAACAUGGGUUUGCCAGGUUCCCGCAUCAUCUUCUCCCCUGUGGCCCCCAAGGAGGAGCAUGUAAGGAGGGGUCAGCUAGCUGAUGUGUGCCUAGACACCCCUCUAUGUAAUGGCCACACCACAGGCAUGGAUGUCCUCUGGGCUGGAACACCUAUGGUUACCAUGCCAGGUAAGGAAACUUGGACACCAAACAGAUUUCAAGGGACAUACACAAGGUGGACCUCGGCAAAGGACCAGACUAGUUUCCUACAUUAUGAUAAUUCUGGGGAGACCCUAGCAUCACGUGUUGCUGCUUCACAGCUCACCUGUUUGGGCUGUCCUGAGCUGAUUGCUCAUAGCCGUCAGGAGUAUGAGGAUGUAGCUGUUAAACUCGGAUCCGACAUGGAAUACCUGAAGAUGAUUAGAGCACGUGUAUGGAGGCAGCGAAUCUGCAGCCCUUUGUUUAACACCAAGCAAUACACCAUGGACCUGGAGAAGCUCUAUCUGCAGAUGUGGGAACACCAUGCCAAUGGGAACAAGCCAGAACCCCUGGUCAAACUCCAGCCAAUAGAGAGCAACGAGAAUGCCUGAACUAAAUGAACUACAACCCAAUCUGAUCCUCCCUUAUCAUGUUUGAUCUCAACCAUCAUCAGCACCCUAACUUGAUCUGUCAGUCAUUUCUGCCCCAGCUUCUCUUCCCUGAAUGUUCAUGGCUGACAGUCCCCCAUCCCCACCCUUUAUCGAUCAAUAGGACUCUUGAUUCUUUAUGGAGCGUACAGGUGUACUCACAUUGAUCGUCCUUCAAAUUUGCUUGUUGCAUCACAUUUCUGUUUUUCCAGGACCAGAUAGCCAACGCCUGUCAGGCUUUUCAUUUGAGACUCUUAACGCAAGUCACAUCUUUUCUGAUGAGUGUCAGAUGCAAGUGCCCCCAGUCCUUCACCCCCUUGCCCUUCUAGUGCUUGGAAUCUCAGUGGAUUUUUCUCUUUUCUCUGUGCAUAUGAGACUGAAAUGCUGGCUUGUUGAAAGAAUGCCCAUCCUCCAUUGCAUUGUUGAUAUACGUAAAUUGGAUUAAGUGUUCUGAGUAUUUUAAAGGACAGUAGUGCACCCUGGAAGUUGUAACCUCUGACUAAAGUUAAAUCGGCUUUAACAUGCAUUCGUAAAACCAACCAAGUUUGCACCUUCUCUUGAUUUUCUCUUAAGCUAUUGUUAAGUCUGACAGAUUUUCUGUGUGGGUUUUGAGGUAGCUGUUGUUGAGGAAGACUUUCUCCUCCCUUUUCACUUCUCUCAUGAAAUGCCCACUUCUAAAAAUGUUCGUCCUGUGUCAGUGUAAGAAUGCUCAAUAGCUAUUGGUCCUUUUUGGUGUCACACUAUGCUCGCAAAGGCCAUUGGACAAAGCUGGAUAAGAAGUUUAUUAGUUAUCAUUGGAGGGGCCUAUAUUUCACUUAAGCUGUCAUUUGCUUACUGAUAUUUUUUUUAUCACGAACUGGGAGCGGCCUAGGUAAGUAUUUUCUAAGCAGUUGGUUUUUUGUUUUUUUUUGUAUUGUCCAAUAACUGUUUGCUGUCAAUGAUGCAUCUAGACGGAGCCUUGCAGUAAUUAAAAGAAAA